AUGCUUCUCACCCUCGCCAAACUCUCCGACGACGCAGUAGGCCUCGAGAAACUCCUUCGAUUCGGGCAAUACGCCUCGCAAGCCAUCGGCGCAUCGUUCGUCCCCUUGUCGUCAGGCGACGCAAUCGAAGCCGCAAUCCCAUGGAGACAAGCCCAAGCGCAAUUCGCUCUAUCUCGCCGCUACUUCCGUCUACUCAAAUGGCACGGCACCUUCUCCGCCGCUUACACGACCGCCACCGUCGAGCAGCCGACGCUUGAGCGCACGCUGCGGGUGUGCAAGUUCUCCUUUCUCGGCUUGUAUCUCUUCUUCGAAAUGUUCGCCAUCACGAACGCCAUGAAACUCACAGACUACGCAUGGGCGGCGGCAAUGCAGCACGAAGCGCUGAAGUUCUGGCUCUACGCUAUUGUGUCGUCCCUCUUGUUGGGCAUUUGUCUGUGCUUCUCCACACCAUCUUCUCCCGCAGGAGCAGCAAAAGCCACGCCAGCGGCCAACGAGGAAAAGUCCGACGUUGCAGUACAGAAUGCUGCUCCGCCGCCGGCUGUCGAGUACUCGAAGAUCUACGUCCAGCUGGCUAUCGAUUGCGCCGACGUUUUAAUUCCCGGCGCGGCGUUGGGGUGGAUUCAGCUUGACGAUUUCUACGUUGGUAUCGCGGGGACUUUGUCGACGCUGCUCGCGCUUCAGGGGUUAUGGAGGCGGGUGGAGUGA